AACCCAAUCAGUUUAAGCCCAAAAAUAAAACCCGCAAAAGGUUUAUAAUCUAAACCCUAGCCUCAGAGUCCGGCUCUCGACACUUUGUGCCUCUACUCUGUUUCAUCUCUUCAGUGAAAUGGGGGCCAAGCAAAAGAAAGCUUUGAAGAAGAACUUGAAGAAAGCUUCUUCACAGUUAUCAAUCCCGAGUGACAAGAAAGAAGCAGCUGAUUUCUUGCCGCUUGAAGGAGGGCCUGGGCGUAAGCUUCCUGUGGAAAAACCACCUGUAUGUAAGGCCACAGUUCUGUACAUUGGUCGGAUUCCACAUGGGUUCUAUGAGAAGGAAAUGCAAGCUUUCUUUGGCCAAUUUGGUGUAAUCAAGAGGCUAAGAAUUGCAAGGAAUAAAAAGAAUGGAAAAUCAAAGCAUUUUGGCUUCCUCGAAUUUAAAGAUCCUGAGGUAGCAGAAGUUGUGGCUGAUACUAUGCAUGGUUAUCUCUUGUUUGAGCACCUUUUGCAAGUGCAUCUUAUUCCUCCAGAGCAUGUUCAUCCCAAAUUGUGGAGAGGCUUUAAUUACCGAUACAAGCCAGUGGAUAGGGUUCAAGUGGAACGGAGGCAACAAAACAAGGAAAGAACUUUGGAAGAGCACAGGAAGCUGGUAGAGAAAAUUUUGAAGCGUGAUCAGAAGCGGCGCAAGAGGAUAGAAGAUGCUGGUAUUGAGUAUGAGUGCCCAGAAAUUGUGGGUAGUGUACAGCCAGCUCCAAAGAAGAUAAAGUUUGAUGAAGAAUAGAUGUGCCAUCUUGUUAUACUUUGUGGGCAAUAUCAGCAUUACAUUCUGCCAGGUCGAUUUGGUCAUAUGAUAAAAGUUCUGAAAUGAUGUUCUUUUGAGAUUGAACGAUUUAUAUCAUAGGUGGGCGCUCAUCUAACCCAAACGGUGAAGUUAAUUGGCUCGGCAGAUGAAAGUAGGUGUUUAUAGUCUUCCAGUUUUUUGGCUUUUAACAAACUUUAUAGAUUCCAUCCUACUGUAGCAUUUAGUAUAGAUGUUUUGCUUGAUAAUUUCUAGUAUGCGAAAACGGCGGUGUGUUUCCUCAAUGUAUUAUUGAUAGUAACGAAAUUUUGCUUCAUAGCCAUUCUCUUUUGGUAGUA